UUCCGUUUUUUGUUUCCCCUCUGGCCCCGCCGCCGUCAGUGUAGUGUAUCGUUCACCGCAAGAGAAAAAUUGAAAUCGUGUUGCAAUUUGCUGACUUAAUUACUUUAAUUCCCUUCCAACAAGGGCAUCAGUAAUAUAAUUGUCACAGAUCACCAACCAUGUCGGUCGACAAGGAGGAGCUGGUGCAACGCGCCAAGUUGGCGGAGCAGGCGGAGCGGUACGACGACAUGGCGGCCGCGAUGAAGGAAGUCACGGAAACCGGCGUCGAGCUAAGCAACGAAGAGCGAAACCUGCUCUCCGUCGCCUACAAGAACGUGGUGGGCGCCAGGCGGUCAUCAUGGCGAGUAAUCUCCUCAAUCGAACAGAAAACCGAAGGUUCGGAAAGAAAACAACAGAUGGCAAAAGAAUAUAGGGUUAAAGUAGAAAAAGAGCUCAGAGAAAUCUGCUACGACGUUUUGGGCUUACUUGAUAAACACCUAAUCCCUAAGGCUAGUAAUCCAGAAAGCAAAGUAUUUUACCUUAAAAUGAAAGGAGAUUACUACAGGUACCUGGCGGAAGUGGCCACAGGAGAAACCAGAAAUUCCGUCGUGGAGGACUCGCAGAAGGCCUACCAGGAGGCGUUCGACAUCGCCAAGACCAAAAUGCAACCGACUCAUCCCAUCCGGCUCGGUCUCGCGCUCAACUUUUCCGUAUUCUAUUACGAGAUUAUCAACUCCCCUGCGCGGGCGUGCCACUUAGCUAAACAGGCUUUCGACGACGCGAUCGCCGAGCUGGACACACUUAACGAGGACUCGUACAAGGACUCGACGCUGAUCAUGCAGCUGCUGCGGGACAACCUGACGCUGUGGACGUCGGACACGCAGGGCGACGGGGACGAGCCGGCCGAGGGCGGCGACAACUAGAGCGCCGCUAGCGCGCAGCUCGCCGCACUCUCAUCGGUGUCGUCACUCGCGAGUAACAUUCGAGAACGCCGCGCGGCACCCGCCGCCAGCCGUCGCUUGUAAAAAUGUUAAACAUGUCGUUCGCAGCGGACCUUCUCGUUCCGUCUAAAAUUAAAUGUUAUGUGUCAUCUUUGACGGUUUUGUAUUUCUGUAUUUACACUGGAUUACAGAUAUCGAGCUGACCUGAUGAAUAUAAAUAUUUAUAACUUAAGUUAUUAAAAUUACGGUUUCUUAAGUUAAAAGUGUUUUCCUUUAUUAUUUAAAACGAACUCGACAGCCCGGUCGGCCCCAAAGCAACAUUCCUCUCGCCGCAUGUCAGCAGUGAAGGAGAUCAUGAUGGUGAAUGUUUUAAAAUUAUGCAAUUAGAUAAUAAAAUUGUUAACCUACGCCCAGUAACCCAAUAAAAUUUAGAUUUUCAUUAUAAAUCCACGAUCUGUAAUGGCUGUAUGAAAUUAGGGCACAAAAAACUUGUUAGUGUCUUUUAUGUGGUUUUUUGUGAUGUCCUUUAUAUAUAAAUAUAUAUUAAAUAUUACCAAAGCGAAACUAAAUGUUGACAUUAACCAUUUUGUUGUGCCCAUCACUGAUUAAUUACUAGCAUUCUGAACUUUCAGGCAUUUAUUAGCAAAAUAGUUUUUGUGAUGGACAAAUAUUGUAACAUUUCUGCUGCAUUUUAUCAGCCAUUAAUCUAUUAUAUUUUUCAUGUUUUCACCAAUAAACUUUUGUAUUAAAUACA